UGACGCCGAGACGUCGACGACUCGACGCCCCACAGUUUCUCACCUAUCGCAGGACCAGGGCACGCGAAGCCAGAAAACCCCAUACACGGUAGCCGUCCGGUCGCUGCCGGUGGGUGGCUACCCGUAACGGCACUCCACUCCACUUCCGCUCCCACUCCACCGCCGCCUCCUUCGUCCUCUCGUCAUUCGCUCCCGGCACGCUGUACGCCGAGAAAUCUCUCCUUCCCAGCUUCUGUCCUGUGGGAGGCUUCUGAGAUCGCGCGGAGGUGCGGAAUGGAGAGCAGCAGCGGGGAGGAGCUGGAGGAGGAGUUCCCGGGCCACGAGUGGAUCACCCCGCAGUCCUCCAUCAACGCCGCCUACCAGUCUCAGACCGAGAAGGGUAUCAGGAAAAUUUGCUCCGAUUUGUUGGAGUUGAAGGAUGCUAUUGAAAACCUGUCUGCAAAUAGGCAGUCAAAGUUCCUGGCUUUUCUCAGAAUUUCUGAGGAGGUUGUUGAAGCAGAACAAGAGUUAAUUGAGCUACAAAAGCAUGUGUCUUCCCAAGGAAUUCUUGUGCAGGAUCUAAUGAGUGGUGUGUGUCGUGAGCUCGACAUUUGGCACAAAUCUAGCAAGGAAGAAGAUGCAACAAAAAAAGACUCUGAAACUGAACUUGAUGAAAUUUUGUCUGAUGAUACCCAGGAUCCCAGAACUAUUUUUCUAGAUAAGUUAGACGUUUUGCUUGCAGAGCACAAAAUGGAGGAGGCUGUUCUUGCUUUGGAAGCUGAAGAGAAGAAAUAUUUAGUUGCAGAUGAAUCUGGUAAAGAAUCAAAUGCAGAUAAUACUGCCUUUAAGACAGCACUGGUUAAAAGGAAAACAAUUCUUGAGGAUCAGCUUGUUAGGUAUUGUGGACAGCCAUCUUUAUCUAUGAAUGAACUAAGGAAGUGUUUGUCUGGUUUAAUUAAGAUAGGCAAAAGUUCUUUAGCCCAUCAAGUACUUCUAAAAGCUUAUGGUUCACGCCUGCAGAAAAGUGUCGAGGCAUUUCUUCCUAACUGUUCAAUCUACACGGAGACAUACUCUGCAACUUUGUCACAGCUUGUUUUCUCAGCUAUUGCAAAAGCAGCAAAAGAAACUAAUACGCUACUUGGAGAUAGCCCCAUGAAUACAAACCGGAUUAUCCAAUGGGCUGAAUAUGAAAUCGAAACCUUUGCGCGUUUGGUUAAAGAAAAUUCUCCUUUGCCUGAGAGUGUUUCUGCCCUUCGCUCUGCCUGUAUAUGCAUCGAAACUAGUCUCUUUCAUUGCUCUUGUCUAGAAUCCCAAGGUCUGAAAUUCUCAAAAUUACUUAUGGUACUAUUGCGCCCUUAUAUUGAAGAAGUUCUUGAUUUGAAUUUUAGAAGGGUGAGGAGAAAGAUUGUGGAUGGGGCAAGGAAUGAUGAUAUUCUGCUUCUCACCCCUCAAGAAGGAUCACCGCUCUCUGGUGCAGUUUCACCAAAUGUUAUGCUUACAAGCAGUGGAAAAAAGUUCAUGUCCAUUGUCAAUGAUGUUUUGGAUCAGAUCCUCCCAAUGACCAUAGUUCACUUUGGUGGAGCAAUUCUGAAUAAAUUUAUCCAGCUUUUUGAUAGAUAUGUAGAAACACUGAUCAAAGUCUUGCCUGGGCCUUCUGAAGAUGAUAAUCUACUGGAGUCAAAAGAGCCUAUUGAACUUAAAGCUGAAAGUGAUGCGCAACAACUUACACUAAUUGGAACAGCAUACACUGUAGCAGAUGAGUUAUUGCCAGCUGCUGUAUCCAAGUUCUUUGACAUACAAGCUGAGAAGAAAGGAGCUGGUGGAUCAAGCGAAGGCCUUGGCCCUGGGUCCAUAUAUGCCAUGGAAUACAAAGAGUGGAAACGUAAUUUGCAGCAUUCAUUGGACAAACUGAGGGAUCACUUCUGCCGACAGUAUGUCUUAUCUUUUAUUUACUUGGAAGGGAAGUCACGUUUGGAUGCUAAAAUGUACUUGGGACGGAAAGACGAUGAUCUUUUAUUUGAUCCUGAUCCCUUGCCUUCAUUGCCCUUCCAGGCACUGUUUGGAAGAUUGCAACAGCUAGCUAGUGUCGCUGGUGACGUUCUACUGGGAAAAGAUAAGAUACAAAAGGUUUUACUCUCAAGGCUAACUGAAACAGUUAUCAUGUGGCUCUCCAAUGAGCAAGAGUUCUGGGAUAUCUUUGACGACCGAUCUGUCCAACUCCAGCCUUCGGGGCUGCAGCAGCUUAUUCUUGAUAUGCACUUCAUUGUCGAGAUUGCUGUGUGUGGAAGGUUUCCAUAUAGACCAGUUCAGCAGCUUGUGUCCACAAUCAUAACCAGAGCAGUUGCAGCUUUCUCAGCAAGGGGUGUUGAUCCACAAAGUGUUCUUCCUGAGGACGGGUGGUUUGUCGACACCGCCAAGGCCGCAAUCCACAAGCUCAUGCUGGGGGUUUCUGGGUCCGAGUCCGAGCCCGAGCCUGAUGCGGAAGAACAUAUUGCUCUGCAUGGUGAGGUCUCAGAUUCUGAGGAGAGCUCAGGUGCAUCGACAGUAGGAUCAGAAGACUCAUUCGCUUCUGCGAAGAACGAUGAUCUAGAAAGCCCCGUUUACUUCACUGACCCUGAGAGUUGAGAACUUCUCAGGUCGUCGUUGUAGAUUCAGUUAUCGUUUAUUUGAAGUUUUGUCAUCCUGCAUAGUUGGCAGAUUUCAGAACCGUGGAACAUCGUUGCACUCAAGAUGAAAACAAAGAACCCAGAAAUGCCGUUUGUAAUUAUGGUCGUUGCUAUUGUACCUUGUUGCUUAUUGUUAGCGCCGAUUUGGACAUC